AUGUAAGAUAUCAAUUAAGAUCUACGUGUCGGGCUGUGUGGCUCCGCGGCAAGGCGGUGGCUUUGUGUUUCGAACUACAUACGAGGUCCUCGGUUUCGAGUCCCGACAUCGCGUCCGAGCGUCCGACAUUUUUUCUCGGCCCAGCUUACACAAAUUUGAUUUAAAAACAAAAAAGAUGCGCUAUGAAAUUUUCUACAAGAAUCAAUCGUCAAAAUUGAAAUUAGAGCAUCGUCCAAAAUUUUAGCCCUGCGGACAAUACUUAUUCCGCGAAAUCCACGCGUAUCCCCUUAUUGAAUCCAGCCCCUCAAUUAUCUAUAACUAUUUGUAAGUUAUUAUUACUCUGUGAAUAUGUUUCGUCUAUCCAAGUAUUGCGAGAAAGUAUAUAACACAGUGAGCUACAUUUCUUUUUCACACUCUGUAAAUUAUUUCACUCUCUCUAUCUUGCUCUGACCAAAAGUGAUCAGCGUUUCAACAAAACGCGACGCGCGGCGACGUGGAUGCUAAAUAGUUACGAAAUAAGAUAGUGUGUGUCUACGCGCACGUGAGACAGAAGGAAAACAAAAACACCGCAAACGAUAAGCAUAUACAAGGUCAGAGGCAUGGACAUAGGAAUAAAGGGACAGAGCAUAAAUUCUAUUUCUAUGUUUAUGGUCAGAGCCUCAGAGGUCUGCAGUAGGCAUUCAACACUCAUACGAGUAACACACAGCAACAUCGACAGAGAAAGAGCAUACGAUAUUCAGAACAAUAUGGAUGUGCAGACUGAUUCAAAUAAGAACGUCGUUUUUGGCAAGAAUACUGAAGAAGCAUGCAAUUGUGUUGUUGGUACGACGAAUGAAGUAAAUGUCGAACUCAUAAAUAAUGGAUAUGAAUGGAUCACGUAUAUCUUUAAGUUAGUUGAAGUAGUAGGAGAUAUACAAAAUAUUGAAUUAAAUAUUCCUUCGAAGGAAAUUUUAAUAAGUUCUAAGAGUACUCGAUCCACAAAGAUUAAAGUAAAAGUAAUAAAAAUGUGUAAACCGAUAUCUGUAGUACUAAAUAUAUUUUUAUCAGAUAUGAUAACAAAAUCAAAAUGGUCUAUGAAACACAUAAUCUUUGUUAAUCCAGAGCAACUUGAGCUUGAUAUUGUAUGUCCUUCUGACAAACAAAACUUGGAUUUUCAGUACAUCGGAGACGAAACAACCAAAGUUCUGCCUAUAACAUUUCUUAAUAAAAACAAUGUUGCUGUAUCCAUAAAACUGUCAAUAUUAAAGGAAGGCACAAAAAUGUUUAGUAUUGAUGGACCAAUGCAUUUUCUACUUGGACCACUUAAAAAAUGUAUUACUAACAUAAAAUGUGACAUAUCACGAUCUACAUCAGUAGAUUCUCUGCAGAAACAGCCACAACAUUGGCAGAGCAAACUAAUUGCAUAUGUACAAUCGAAGGAUGACACUAUAUUACUUAAAAAAGAAGUGCCUCUUUACGUACAAAUAGGUUUUUGUAAAAUCCAAAUCGUCGACACAGAAGUACCGAUAAUUGUUUCAAAACAGCAAGGAAAAUCGAUAAAUAUUAUUAACUCGGGGAAUAUGGCAAUUCAUGUGUUCGCUACUAUCGUACCAUUUGAAGGACAUACAAAUGCAACGCAAGAUUUUUUUAUAAAGCCAGAUAAUAUAUUUUUGCAAGUUGGAGAAAGGAGUUCAUUCUUAAUUGUAUAUAAACCACAAUUUUCAGAUGCAAACUUUGUAGAUAAUGAAAAAUAUGCAAAGAUUAAGUUAGUUGCUGGAAACAAAGUUUACCACUACAUUAUAAGUACUAAAAAAUUAUUAAAAUUAGAACAGGAAAAUUCUUUACAUUAUACGUCUAAUAAUGCAAUAUUUCUAAGCCCAUCAACACCGCCACAAAGUGUAACAUCUAAUAGAUCUGGACCUUGCGAUAGAAAUUCACCAAUCGGUACAGUAUCUGGUUUGGCUGUAGCAAGACAUGUAAUUCCAAUCAAAGCUACACACUCUGCCCUAGUAUGGAAUAGUGUAAAAACAGGAAAAAGUGAAACUAAAGAAUUUACGAUUCGCAAUACGAGCAAUAACAAGAUUAAAAUUAUAAUUUACAUAUAUGAUGACAGUAAGAGUUUUAAGUUUCUCGGAGAUAAACAGAUUAUGGUACUAGUAAUGCAACGUAAAGAAAUUAAGACACUUGCAAUUAUAUUCAGCCCAUAUUGCAUAGGUUCAGUAGUUGCAAAAAUUAUUAUCAUGCAUUAUACAAGAGGGAGUAGUAAUUCUCGACAGUUUAAAAAAAUAUCUUAUUUGUAUGGAUAUGGAGGUUGCAGUAAAGUAAAAAUUUCGGGACCAUUUAAAGAUUUGAGUAAAAAAUUGUGGUUGCCACUUGGCAAUUUAUAUUCUGAAACUAUGACAUUGAGCGCUGGUAUUAGACUAGAUAAUAUUGGCGACUUACAUUCAUUCGCCAAAAUCACGAUCAUACCGAAAGUUUUUUCUUCAAAAAUGCAUUCCAUUUGGCAUAUAAAUCCAAAGGAAAUAAUACUUAAUUCAAAUGAAUCACAAGAAAUAAUAAUACAAUUUCAUCCAAACAGAGAAGACUUUGCGUUACUGCAACGUUCGGAAGUGACGCAUGUGGCAACAAUAAAAGUUACUUGUGGCGAUGAACCAACCCGCUGGCGAAUACGCAGAUUGUAUAAUAAAUUAAAAGAGUCAGGCGAAUCGAUUGAAAGUGAAAAUGAAGCAUUCAAGUAUAUUGUGCAUUCCAUAUGUACAAUUUUUCCUGGGGAGCAAUUAAUUCCUGACAUAACGUCAAUUCACGAUUCUAUUCAAAACCUAAAUGAUCUAUGCACUGGCGUUCAUCAAUAUGAGAUAAUGCUCACAGUGGAGGCAUGUGCGGAUGAAAUUUUGCCCGUUCAUUAUGAUACUGAUGAAGCAGGUGGAGCAAAACUACAGAAUAUAAAGUCAACAUCCUGAAUUGCAAGAUCAAUUCACCGUAACACCGUAUACCAUCACCCUAACUCAUCCA